CGCCCUACUGUACACUUGUUGGAUGUUUUAGUUUCAGUUAUAAACCAGUGAUUUUUGAUAUUUUUCAUUUACAAAUUUCAUUUAAAAAACACCAAUUUCUUUAAAAAUCCAUCCAGUUCUUGUGUAACUCAUUUUAAAACAUUAAAUAUCAACUUCUUAUCCAAUCCAUCGCCUGGAAAAACUAUGAAUUAAAACCAAAGGUUCAAUUUCCUUUUUUCGAAACAGUAAACAUUGAACCCAACUAGAAGAAGCAGAGGAAGGGGAAAAAGAAGAAACAAAAAAAUUACUCGUUCGCGCAUGUCCAACAAAAUACAGUGAAUUUUUGUAAUUACUUUUUUGUGAGUGGUUUCUUUGGUUCCAAAAUUUUGAGUGAAAAUCAUACAACGAAAAAAAAUUCAAAACAAAAACAAAAAAAAGAAGAAGAAGAAAACGUCUCGUUCCACAAAACCAUCCAAUUUGACGGAAAAGAGACAAGAUACAGUCCAUAUCGCCCAUUCGCUGGUUACGUACGUCGGAUUCGUUUGCUCUCGGUGUGUUUUUCUUUUAUUUUUCUGAAAUAUAUUGGAAUUUCUAAAGUGUACUUUAACUUCGUCCGUCGCUCGUCGCGGGGAAAUUUCUCCCAAUUAUAUAGUUUCUCAUCUCAAUUUAUAAUACAACUCGAUUUGUUUAUUGUAAAAACCAUUUUAUACCGAAAUCGAAAUGUUUUAGAUAAGAUAACGGAUUUAAUAGUUUUUCCUGUUUUCUUUUUGGGUUUAUGGUUUAUGUCUAUUCUAUUCAAUUGAUCGCCUUAUUGAGAAUAGAACUAAUUAAUACCAAUUAUGUGCCUAAAUUGAGUGUGGAGUCGAGGGAAAGAGAAAAAAACGUAUUUUCCGUGUAGAUCGAUCGUGUAUAUGCCUUUUGCCUUCUUUCCUCCUCCAGUGUUUGAAUUUGAAGAAUUUCGGGGUAUUUCUGUCUUUUUUUUUUUUAAUUAAAAUUUAAGAAUUUCGAUUGAAAGAAAAGUGUUCAAUAUAAAUUAAAAAGUGAGAUGGAAAAAAGUUUUGUUGCUGCAUUUUAUUGAAAGAAGAAGCAAAAGAAAAAUAAUUAAAAAUGCAGAAUCUAAUUAAAGUGAAACAGUGCCUUUUUUGUUAGUUUUUUAAAAUAAUAAAAAAAAUUACGAAUAAUCUUAUUAUUCGAUAGAAAUAUAAAAAUUAAACAACAAAUAUUUGUCUGCUUGAAUUGAAGAAAUACAAAAAAAAAAGUAGGAAACGACAAGAAAUUAUCAUUUUCAUGUUUUUCCCCUUUGUGUUGCAAUUUUCAUCAUCUCGAGAAAGAAGGAGGAAAGACACGACGACGUCGACGACGACGAAAAGAACGACAACCACAACGACGAAGAGGAUAGAGGAAGCAGAAGUGAAUAACACAUAAGUGUAAAGUGUGUGGAGUAGCUGUAGAGUUGUGUCGCUUCGAGUCACAGCGCAGCGGAUAGCGGUGUUAUAGAAUGGAGUUUGAAAGUUGUUGAUUAAAAAAUUGGAUUACAUAUUUAAACAAACACAACAACAACAACAACAACAAACAUCGAGCAUACAGCACCACACCAUCGGUAUCGGCGAAAACAAAGGCAAGGAUUAUACCAAUUUGCAAUAUAUACCUACAUGGAAAACGCAUCUACAGAACGGCUAUUAAGCAGUGGUCCCGAAUACGAUGACAGUGAUGACUUUAACCGCCGAAUGAAUGCAACAACAACAACGACGCAGACAACGCCGCCAACAACAACAACGACGACGACGACAAAGGCAGCGACACCAAGUUUAGCAACCGUGAUUACAGGAGUCACCCAUCAACAACAUCUACAGCCUCCCCAAACGCCCCCGUUGCCCGUUCAAUAUACCUUGGGAUUGGGAGUAGCUGCAUUGACAGCAGCCAACUCGCAACAUAUGAAUGGUUCAGCGGGAAAUGGUUUAAAUCACUCCUCAUCUAUCGCCGCCAAUAAUAGCGUCGCUGCCACCAUCAACAGUCCUAAUAGUGCUGUAACCACUGCAGCCGCUACCGCCACCGCCGCAGCCGCCACCAUUACUCCAACUAACAACAUAAUCAGCAAUAACAGUAAUAAUAAUAACAAAAACAACAACAACAUUAGUAUCAAUAGCAAUAGUAGCAAUAAUAACAAUAAUGUCAGUGGUGGCGGAGUGAUUGGGGGCGGCGGUGUCGGUGUCGGUGGCGGUGGUGGUGUCACUCGACUGGCAUCGUCUCGUCGCCCCCAAAUUCAAAUAUCACCAAGUGAACCACAAAAAACAUCGCAAUUACUAACGCUUACCAUACACAAGGAUGAAAACGGAUACGGAAUGAAGGUAUCUGGCGAUAAUCCGGUGUAUGUGGAAAGUGUUAAACCAGGUGGAGCUGCUCAAGUCGCCGGUUUAAUUGCCGGUGAUAUGAUAUUGAAGGUCAAUGGUCAAGAAGUGCGAUCGGAAAAACACACAACUGUUGUUAGUUUAAUUAAAUCUCAUAUUGUUGUCGACCUGGCGGUUAAACGAAGUCAUAAAAUGCAACGUCCCAGCUCAGUGGGUAUUGGUCCACCCACUCCAAUACUCUCUUCAAGAGAUCGAACAGCUUCCAUCACAGGACCACAACCAGUUGACAAUGCAAAACGAAGGGAAAUGGAAUCAUAUAAAAUCAAAACACUCCAACUUAUGCUCGAACAGGAAAAGAAAAAUCUUGAACGUUUGAAAGGUGAUUCGAGUAAUCCAAGUUACAAAACUUCUGAAACAAAUAUACGCAAAUUAAAAGAGCAAUUGCGUCAAGUUGGAGGCGAGGAAUCACCAGCGGGAAUGAAAUUCCAAAAUUCAUCUUCUCAAUCGUCGGUAAUGUCGCCAAGUCAAAUCCUUCAGCAACAUUAUUCCCCACAUCAACCAAAUCCCCCUACAAACAUCCAUCAUUUCCAUCAUCCUGCCACAACCCCACAGGCUCCACCACACACAAGUCCGGCAUUCCUGUCGCUACUCCCGCGCUCCUUGUCCUCUUUGAGCUUGGGAACGCGCAAGAAACCCGACAAAGAAAUCACAUCACCACUAAGCAAUACCACAGACUUCCUAUCUGCAUCCUCGACAACAACAAACACCCCGAGUCCUUUGCUAACGCAUUCGAUGUCACAGUCGUUGCAUCAACAGAAGGGUUCAUCACAACCACAUCAAUUCUAUCCGCAUCAUCUGCAUCAACAGCAGCAAUCGCAACAACAACAUCAAUCGGGAAAUUCACAGAAAUACAGCAAGGACAGUGCGGUAACACCAAAAUCCUCAGCUCCCAAGAAGAAAUUCUCUGGCAGUACAAAGAAUCUUAAAGAGGACAUACCGCCCCCUCUGCCACAGAGGAAUCCUCCCAGAAAUCUACUCCUCGAAUCAGCCAAUAUGGAUUGGCGUCGCAAUGUCCCCGUCUCGGAUCUAGACCAUUCAACCAUGUCAAGUCCAAGCACCCAACGUGGCUCACCCACCCAUGGCAUUUCACCUGGGCCAGGAGCAUCCGGUGCUGGUCCUCAGAAGGCCCCCAAUGCCCCUGCUUCGGGCAAAAAGCGUCCCAAGACAAAAACCAAAGCUCUCUCCGAUCCGAAGAUGAGCACUCAGAUGUUCUUGCAAAUGGAGAAAGCUCCUGGCACCGGAGAGGAUGGUGAUGACGACCAUUGCAUUCCACCACCUCUGCCACCCAGACAGCCAGGCAUGAUGGAGGAGGCACAAAAUAUCCUCAACGCCAACAAGAAACCAGGCAGCAACAAUUUUGGCGGGCGACCACCCCCCAACAGUAUUGACACAUUGAUGAACUAUCCCCUGGUGACUACAUGCACUCCUGUGCGUGACAAUAUGUCAGCGAAUUUCCCACUCUCACAGAGACCAAAUAUCGUGCAACAGCUUCAGCAGCAUCAGCAGAUGCAAAACCAGAUGCUUCAUCAUAACUCUGCUCCACCGCUACCACCACCAGCUAUGCAGAGUUCCAGUUCGUCCGCUGCACUUGGUCAGACACCACAGAAUAUGAAUCAUUUUGGUAAACAUCGUCGUGUUGUAUCGUCACCGGAUAAUAUGCAUCCACGCCAUGAAAGACAACUGGAUCGUCAUAACAAAUCGACAUCAGGCUCUUGGGAAUUGGUUGAAAAAGACAAUGAAAUAACCCCACCGGGAACACCCCCACCGCCUUAUUUAACCUCAGCCUCGCAUGCCAUGGCCCAACAACAGCAGCAACAUCAACAACAGCAUCAUCUACAUCACCAACAUUCUCAACCUGCCGGCGUUGGUGGCGGCGGUGGCAUGGAGGAAAUUGACAAUGGUUUCAUGAUUGAUAUCAAUAGUGGCAAUCCAAUGGUCCUUGCUGGUAGUCCAACACAUUCCAACAUAUUCGCAAGUGGCGGAGGUAAAAGCCCUGCCAUUCAUCCGAAUGCCAUUCAAAAAGAAAUCCUCUCAAUGGAAGAUGAAGAUGGUUCUGAUCAAGAAUUUCUCGUCGAUGAAAAUGGUCCUUUCAAUCAUUUGCAACGUCUCCUCGAACCCGAGAAUGUUGCCCAUUUGGCUGUUUUCCUCAAUUAUGUUCUAUCAAAUUCAGACCCAGCUCCAUUGUUGUUCUAUUUGAUAACUGGUCUCUACAAGGAGGGCACAGUAAAGGAUAUGCGUAAAUGGGCCUAUGAGAUACAUUCAACAUUUUUGGUACCUCGAGCUCCGCUUGUAUGGUUUAGUGCUGAUGAAUCAUUGGCACGUGAAGUGGAUAAUGUGUUGCAGAGUGAAUACGAUAAAGUCGAGAUAUUGCGUAAGGUCUUUUGGAAGAGUCGCAAACGUGCGAAGGAGAAAAUCUGUGAUCAAUUGAGAGAAUUCCAACAGAAGCGGACAGCUGGCUUGGGUACUAUUUAUGGUCCAAGUGAUUCCCAGCUUAACGAAGCUAAGGGAGAUAAGAACAAAGAACAGAGAAUAUUCGAGGAGACUUUAUUACCAAGGUUACAGUUUUGGAUAGAUGAGCUUGAUAAAGAAGCUCCAGUUGAGGAUCCCAAAAAGUUAGCCCUAUGCUCUGCACUAUCAACGGUUCUACAUCGAAUAUUCAUAACUCGAUCGAAUCCAAACAGUAUUAUCGAUCGUGUACAUCAUUUUGUUAGUCGAGAAAAAAGCUUCAAAAGUCGUCUCAUGGGCAAGAAUCGAAAGAUGACUGUACGUGGUCAUCCGUUAGUAUUACGUCAAUACUAUGAAGUGACCCACUGCAAUCAUUGUCAGUUAAUCAUAUGGGGAGUUAGCCCUCAAGGAUAUCAUUGUACAGACUGUAAAUUAAAUAUUCACCGUCCUUGUUCGAAAGUUUUGGAUGAAAAUUGCCCUGGUCCAGUACCACAAAAGCGUAAAGACCAACAUAAUGACAAUAAAAUUAGUAAAUUUAUGGAAAAAAUAAGGCCCACAACACAUUUUAUGCAACAGGAACGACGUGCUAGGCAAGAUGAGGAAGGUAAUAUUGAUGAUCUCUUCAAUCCUGAACGCUUGCAUUCAACAUCAAUUGUGCGACAACCUUCAGACCGCAGGCCGGAUGUAGCAAAUACGUCUAUAAGUUCGAGUGGCAAUACAUCGUACAAUACAAGUGAAUUACAAACGUCACAAUCAUUAGAUGCUGACACAAAUGCGCUGGACGCAGAAAAGGAUACCAAGCGGGAUAGGUCAAAAUCAAAAUCCGCUCCAGUUUCGGUCAAUCGCUCCGAAUCUUACAAAGAGAGAUUAUCCCACAAACGGAAUCGUAAUAAUCGACGUAAAACAUCUGAUCCCAGUCUAUCAUCCAAACCAAAUGAUGACCAACCCGAUUUGGGAUUAUCCAAUUCCAACUAUACAGCGAGCUCUAAUUCUAGUCUAUCAUCUGGGGGUGGUUCUGAGAGCCCAAGUACCUCAAUGGAGCAAGUUGGUGGUCCAGUACAGAUUCCAACAACAAUUACAACACACAUUAGUAAUAACACAAAUGUUACUAAUCAAGCACAUAAUUCAGUUACUGGACCCAAACCAUGGGUUGAUAGUGAUGACGAUGAUGAUUUAGCAAAUGAAGUUGACUGGAGUUCGAAUAUUGCAGCUGAAGUGUUGGCAGCACUUACUGAUGCAGAGAAAAAACGCCAGGAAAUUAUAAACGAAAUCUAUCAAACAGAACGAAGUCACGUUCGUACCUUAAAACUCCUGGAGGGUAUAUUUAUGCGACCACUCCAAGAGUGUGGCGCAUUGCCGCACGAUCAUUUGCAUUUACUAUUUCCGCCUGCCUUACUAUCGCUCAAAGAACUCCAUAGUUCAUUUGAGCAAAAAUUAAAAAUGCGACGUUUAGAGCAUAAUCAUAUUGUCCAACAUGUUGGUGAUUUAUUGGCUGGUAUGUUCGAUGGUCAAUCGGGUGAGGAGCUACGCGAACAUGCUGCAAAAUUUUGUGCACGUCAACAAAUUGCUCUCGAAGCAUUAAAAGAGAAACGACGCAAAGACGAAAAUCUCCAAAGAUUUCUUACCAAAGCUGAAGCUAAUAAAGCCUGCAGACGUUUGCAAUUAAAAGAUUUACUACCAACUGUAUUGCAACGUUUAACCAAAUAUCCAUUGUUGUUUGAGAAUUUAUAUAAAAUAACAAAACGUGUGGUGCCCGAUGAUCAUGAGGAAGCUGAAGCUGUGCAACGUGCUUUGGAUUAUUCGAAGAGGAUAUUAGUUGAUGUAAAUCAGGCUGUGAAGACCGCUGAGGAUGCACACAAAUUGCAGACAAUACAGCGGAAAUUAGACAGGUCAACAUUUGACAAAGAGGAAUUUAGAAAUUUGGACUUAACUCAACUUAAACUUAUCCACGAUGGAAGUUUAACAAUGAAAAAGAAUCCCGGCACACAAUUGCAUGGACUUCUCUUUGAAAAUAUGAUGCUUUUGCUAACAAAACAGGACGAUAAAUAUGCGUUGAAAAAUUUUCAAAAUAUUUCCGCAACUGGAACAACCGAGGUGAAUAAAUUCAUCAGUCCAAUAACAUGUUUUGAUCAGCAAACUUUGGUGCGACAAUCUGCGGUCGAUAAGAAUACAUUCUUCCUUAUCAUAACGAAGACAUCACAAAUGUUGGAACUUAGAGCGCCUAGCAGUUCGGAGUGUAAAACAUGGUUUAAACACAUAUCAGAUGCCGCAGAACAGUACAAACAACGCUCGAAGAGCAGUCAUGAAGUGGUCGAUGAUCCCGCCAGUGCCACAUUACCGCAUUCCAAUACAAAAGAAUCACUCGAGAGUACCCCCGAACGGCAGACGCCAUCUACAGCGACAGCGAUUGCAACCUCUGGAGCGAGCACAACAACAAACAAUAACGUCAGUGAUCGCGAGAGCACACCCGCCCCUGAGAAAAACCGCUCCAAUUUACCAAAUAACAAUAAUUCACUAGACAUUGGUGGCGGCGGCAGCGGUGUCGGUGUUGGUGGCAGUAAUAGCUUUGGUGGUGGGAUUGGUGGUGGAAGCUAUGCCAGUGGCAGCCGAAGUCGCAGCAUUAGCCGCAGUGGGUCGCGCAAUGAGAGUAACAAUAAUGACUAUGAUUCUCCUACAUCUACCGAUGACACAAAGCUGCGUCAGCAAUUGCUUAAUGCAGCCGAGGAAGCAGCUGCUGCGGCAGCAGCUAGACGUGACAACAGUAGCCUGUAUUCGAACAAUUCCAAUAACACUCGAACGCUAAUGCAAAACAGCCCGCUUGUUGAACCGAGUGCAAUACAGAUUAGUAUAUCGCCGGCACACACAGCCGAACCGGUGCUAACGCCCAGUGAGCGAUUGAAGCGCCUGGACAGCUCAAUCCGCGAGAAUCUGGUAGAGAAGCAGAAAAUAAUUUGUGAUAUGUUCCGUUUGCCGAUCGAGCAUUUUAAUGAGAUUGUUGAUAUUGCCGCACAGCCCGAGGCGCCCAAGGACUCCUCGGACAUUGCACUGGCUGCGUACGCCCAAGUACAGUCGUUGACCGAAGUGCUAAAUGACUAUAUGAAGAUAAAUUCGACUGAGCAGGAGAUAUCCGCUGUCUCGACAGUGGUCUGCGAUCAGUGCCAUCAAACACAAGCGCAGAAGCAUUUGCAACAUUCGCAGCUGCAUCAUCUCGGUAAUGCUAUGACAACAAACAGCAGCAUUCGCGCAGUGUCUCCUCUGCCACUGAGUACAAGUGCAACAUCAACGAAUACUAAUACGAAUACUACAACUGCGGCGACAGUAAUUCUCAAUGAUACUGUUCCGACAAGUAAUGCACCGGCUAUUCCUGCGUCACCUGCUGUAGCGUCCGCCGCCAAUAACAGCAACAGUUUGACCACCUCAAAUUCAGUUGAAGUUGAUCAGAUAAUCCAUGAAGACGACGAUGGGUAUUGCGAGAUCGACGAGUUGCGGCUUCCUUCAGUGCCACUCUCAAAAAUACCAGCAGCAGCAACAGCAACAUCAACAACUCCUGGUAGUGGAACAUUCAAAGCCCCUCUUCCUAUAGGAGUUGCUGCUGAAUUAGCAGCAACAAAUAGAGCCUCGACGACGCCAGAGCUGAUUAAGCGCCAAAGCACAAUUAGUACCGACAGCAUUCCCGAAGAGUCUGAACACGAUAUGACACAACUUGACGAGCCUACACUGAGUAGUAGUGUGAGCCUAUCGAAGACGACGACUACGACGAGCAGCAAGGACGAAGUCGAAGCUGUAGCACAAAAGCCCCUCCCACAAUUGCAGCACCAGCAAAGCGGUAGUAAUGGAUCCAUAGAUCCAUCACAACUGGACAUAAGCAGUAGCAGUAGUCUACUGAAGCAGCGAAACUACACGGAUGAUUCACUUGAUAGUGAACAUAUAGAAAUUAAUGAUGCCUAUGAUACCAUGACCGCUGUAAAUAAAUUGCAUAAUUUAACAUUAAACGAUGGCAAUGCCGCCGCUAUUGGUGGUGGCAAUCAUCUAUGUACUUCUUCAUCACCUGGACCUAUACUUUGUGGACCAAAUCGACUUUUACAUGCAAAUUCCCUGGAACCAAGUGUACCAUGUCAUCUAAUCAAUGGGAUUGUAACAACAUUGAAUUCACAAAUUUCAUUACUUUUGCCAAAAAUAAAUGAACGAGAUUUAGAGAGGGAACGAUUACGUAGGGAGAAUCAGCACUUGAGGGAGCUUUUGAAUGCAAUGCACGAGCGCCAGAGAGUUGAAGCCAAUAUGGAAACUCCAGCUGAAAUCACCACAAGUGCCGACGCUAGUAAUGAAACAAUUACACCCGCAUUAGGAGAAGAACACAAAACCACAACAGACCAAACUCCAUAAACAAAAUUUAUAUAAAUGAUUGAACUUAAAAACAAUACAAAAACUGAUAUAAAAACAAAAAAUUAAACAAACAAAUUAUUAAACACCACAUGCGCCCUUUUAAGAAAAAACAAUUAUAUAACAUUUUAUAUACAUAGAGAUUUACAUAUUAAAACAAAACAAAACAAAAAAUUGUAUCAUAGCCUUUAAAGUAAUUAAAACAAAUUAUUAUUAUUAUAUUAUUAUUGAUUCCCUUAAAAAGGGACACAAUUAUUAUAAACAAAACAAAAAACAACAAAAAAAGAAGUUCUUAUAUCUUGAGCUUUGGUGUAAAACGCUGUGCAUGAUAAGGUUUUUUUUUAUUAUACUAUACAUAAUACAUAUUAUUAACAACACAUCUUACUACACAGUUGAAACAUUUAUAAACAAAAAGAAAACAUAAUAGAACACAUCAGUGUUGUUUGUUAGUUUAAAAAAAAAACUUAGUGUUGCAAUUUUAUUUUGUCUUAUUUGUUGUUAUUUAAAUUAAAAAAAAAAAACAGCCAAAAGUAUGGAAAGAAAAAAUGCAAACAAAUUUGUACUCACUUUAGCAUAAAACAAAACAUAGAAACAAAGAUUCACACAAAAGAGAAUAAAAUAAUAAUCAAGUGAUAAACAAAAUGUUUAGUUAAAAAAAAAGAAGAAAAUAUGUUUAUGCAAAGAAAAAACAAAAAGAUUAAACAGAGAAAAAAAACAAACAGAAAAACACACAAAAACAAAAGAACAAGAACAAAUCAAGAUUAAUUGUAUUUUUUUAUAUAAAUAUUUAAGAGCCACCAAAUAGCUCAGAUUAACCGCACCAAAACGGUCAAACCUGAGGGCGAUGCUGUUCCACGAUUUAUUAAAAAAUAUUAUUAUAUUAUUAUUAUGAUUAUGAUUAUUAUAAUUUUCUUUUUCUGUCUAUAAUAUUAUUAUUAUUUUAAUUAUAAAUAUGAUUAUUAUUAUUAAUCACAAAGUUAACAACUAAUUUAAUUGUUUCAACAAUGAGAGAAAAAUAUUUAAAACAACAAAAAAAAGUAAUAAUAAUAAAGUUAUGAAUUAAAACAAAUAAAAAAUACAAAAUAUAUAAAACAA